AAAGAAAGAAACAGGUUACAGACCAGUUACACCAACCUGACUAAAGAAAGAAACAGGACUAAAGAAAGAAACAGGUUACAGACCAGUUACACUAACCUGACUAUAGAGAGAGACCAGUUACUGACCAGUUGCACCAACCGGACUAAAGAAAGAAACAGGUUACAGACAAGUUACACCAACCUUACUACAGAGAGAGACCAGUUACAGACCAGUUACACCAACCUGAAUAAUGAAAGAAACAGGUUACAGACCAGUUACACCAACCUGAGUCUAGAGAGAGACCAGUUACUUACCAGUUUCACCAACCUGAUUAAAGAAAUAAACAGGUUACCGACCAGUUACACCAACCUGACUAAAGAAAGAAACAGGUUACAGACCAGUUACACUAACCUGACUAUAGAGAGAGACCAGUUACUGACCAGUUGCACCAACCUGACCAAAGAUAGAAACAGGUUACAGACCAAGAGAGACCAGUUACUAACCAUUUGCACCAACCAGACUAAAGAAAGAAACAGGUUACAGACCAGUUACACCAACCUGACUAAAUAAAGAAACAGGUUACAGACAAGUUACACCAACCGGACUAAAGAAAGAAACAGGUUACAGACAAGUUACACCAACCUUACUACAGAGAGAGACCAGUUGCUGACCAGUUACACAAACCUGACUAAAGAAAGAAACAGGUUACAGACCAGUUACACCAACCUGAAUAAUGAAAGAAACAGGUUACAGACCAGUUUCACCAACCUGACUAUAGAGAGAGACCAGAUACUAACCAGCUGCACCAACCUGACUAAAGAAAGAAACAGGUUACAGACCAGUUACACCAAUCUGUCUAAAGAAAGAAACAGGUUACAGACCAGUUACACCAACCUGACUAAAGAAAGAAACAGGUUACAGACCAGUUUCACCAACCUGACUAAAGAAAUAAACAGGUUACAGACCAGUUACACCAACCUGACUAAAGAAAGAAACAGGUUACAGACCAGUUACACCAACCGGACUAACGAAAGAAACAGGUUACAGACAAGUUACACCAACCUUACUACAGAGAGAGACCAGUUACUGACCAGUUACACAAUCCUGACUAAAGAAAGAAACAGGUUUAAGACCAGUUACACCAACCUGAGUCUAGAGAGAGACCAGUUACAGAGCAGUUACAUCAACCUGAGUCUAGAGAGAGACCAGUUACUGACCAGUUUUACCAACAUGACUAAAAAAAGAAAGAGGUUACAGACCAGUUACACCAACCUGACUAAAGAAAGAAACAGGUUACAGACCAGUUACACUAACCUGACUAUAGAGAGAGACCAGUUUCUGACCAGUUGCACCAACCUGACUAAAGAAAGAAACAGGUUACAGACCAGUUACACCAACCUGACUAUAGAGAGAGACCAGUUACUAACCAGUUGCACCAACCAGACUAAAGAAAGAAAGAGGUUACAGACCAGUUACACCAACCUGACUAAAUAAAGAAACAGGUUACAGACAAGUUACACCAACCGGACUAAAGAAAGAAACAGGUUACAGACAAGUUACACCAACCUUACU